GCCAGGAAUGUCAGACGGUAAGGGAACCUGGGCAGAAACCAUUCCGGAGGAUCGGAGCGCUUAAAGGGCCAGCCUCGGUGCGAACCGGCCUCGUCACUGGACCCGAUUAGAGAGCCGAACCCGCUCACCCAUCCCGCCCAGCCCUGAAUUGAGAAUUCCGCUUCCUCGAUGACAUCAGCGGGCCCCGAAGACGGAUGAGAGAGACUGCAUUCCCGUAGCCGCGGCUCCAACAGCUGUGGAAAGCUAGGAGUGCCUUCGUAGGGACUGGAGCUCCGGGACACACAGAUGUGGACACGAUCGGGAGAAUUCUCCCUCGGCUCCGGGCGCUCUCUACAUUGUCCUGGUCCCGUGAGCAGGCCCGAGGAGCCGAGCCAGCUCCCGUGCAGCCUGACGGAGCCUCUAGCAAGUCUGAGGCCGCGGUCCCCCGACGCCCACACAAGGAAGUGGUUUCUUUUCUCAGAGAGGAAAAGGGAAGUCAGAUUACUUCAGAACGAGAACUCAACUGCUGCCUCUCAGUCAGCUCUAACCGAGGCGAGGUUCACGUCGACUGCCCAGAGUCCGUGAGCGGAGCUGCCCCCUCCUCGCCACCGCCUUCAAUUCCGCCCUCGCCCUUUUUUUUGAAGCGGCAGCCCCAUGGCCUACCACAGCUUCCUGCUUGAGCCCAUCAGCUGCCACGCCUGGAACAAGGACAGAACCCAGAUCGCCCUCUGCCCCAACAACCACGAGGUCCACAUCUACAAGAAGGACGGAGCCAAGUGGACGAAGGUGCAUGAGCUGAAGGAACACAACGGACAGGUGACGGGCAUAGACUGGGCCCCCGAGAGCAACCGCAUCGUGACCUGCGGGACCGACCGCAACGCCUACGUGUGGACCCUGAAGGGCAACCUGUGGAAGCCCACGCUGGUCAUCCUGAGGAUCAACCGGGCGGCCCGCUGCGUCCGAUGGUCCCCCAGGGAGAACAAGUUCGCCGUGGGCAGCGGCUCCCGCGUCAUAUCCAUCUGCUACUUCGAGCAGGAGAACGACUGGUGGGUGUGCAAGCACAUCAAGAAGCCCAUCCGCUCGACCGUCCUCAGCCUGGACUGGCACCCAAAUAACGUCCUCCUGGCCGCCGGCUCCUGUGACUUCAAGUGCAGGAUCUUCUCCGCCUACAUCAAGGAAGUGGAGGAGAGACCCUCGCCCACCCCCUGGGGCUCCAAGAUGCCUUUCGGGGAGCUGAUGUUCGAGUCCGGCAGCAGCUGCGGCUGGGUCCACGGCGUCUGCUUCUCCGACAGCGGCCACCGCGUGGCCUGGGUCAGCCACGACAGCACCGUCUGCCUCGCCGACGCCAACAAGAAGAUGGCAGUGGCCUCCCUGUAUUCGGAGUCGCUGCCUCUGCUGGCCCUCACCUUCAUCACCGAGAACAGCCUGGUGGCCGGGGGCCACGACUGCUUCCCGAUGCUCUUCACCUACGACGAGGGGCCGGGGGCGCUGAGCUUCGGGGGCCGGAUGGAUGUGCCCAAGCAGAGCUCGCAGCGCGGCAUGACGGCGCGGGAACGCUUCCAGAGCAUGGACAAGCGCGCCAGCUCCGACACCGCCGCCAACCUGGACACGCUCCACAAGAACAGCAUCAGCCAAAUCUCCGUGAUGGCGGGAGGAAAGGCCAAGUGCUCCCAGUUCUGCACCACCGGCAUGGACGGGGGGAUGAGCAUCUGGGACAUCAAGAGCCUGGAGUCUGCCCUGAAAGAUCUCAAGAUCAAAUGAUCCAAGUGCCGGGGGGAAGGCAUUUCGCCGCCGGCCCCGCCCGGGCCCGGGAGCUGAGCUGAGCAGGGGCCCGGGGCCCGCCGGGCUCGCUCGAGGCGGCCGGCUUCGCUUUCGACGUUCCCAUCCGCGAACUCGACGAUCGCGGGCCGGGGGGGUGCGUGAGGGGCCCCCCCCCCCCCCCCCCCCCCGCUCCCGCUGCCCCUUAAAAGCUGAAGAGUUGCUUUUCAUAGGGAAGUUUUUGCACCUAGUAGAGCUACGUCGGCAAUGAAACGCUUUAAGAGAAGGACGAAAUAAAAACGCGAGCAGAGUCGGA